UUUUUAAGGACAGCUGACUAAAAUUUCUUUUGUUACUUUAAGUUAUUUUUAGUUUUAUCCUAAUGUCUUUCUUGAAAAUAAAAGUACCAAGAAGGUAAUGUUUUGUUCAAUCAUGCACUAGUGGUUUUAAAAAUAGGAUUUUUUUCCUAGAAAUUUUAGUUUUUCUCUUUACAUAAACUGGGUUUGGGUGUCUAGAAUGCUUUAACUGCUCUGAUUUUAAACUACCAUUGACUUAGAGAUUGCCAUACGAGCCAGGCAUUCUACUGAGCACUUGAUAUGCUUUAUCACAUGUAUUCCUUGUAGAUACCUUACAAGAUUUAUUACUAGCUCUGUUUUAUAGAUGAGGAAACUGAAGCUUGGUGAUUGUUUUGCCCAAGGUCAUAGAAGUCUAAGUAGAAUUGGAAUUUGAAUCCAGAUUGAUAUUUUAUGCACCACCUGGUACCCAGUUUUUUAAAGCUAUUUGGCACUCAUGACUGAACUAAAUUUGACGAAGGAUCAAAGGUUGGUGUAUUCGGGCAGACUGCUUCCUGAUCAUCUGCAGCUGAAAGACAUUCUCAGAAAACAAGAUGAGUAUCAUAUGGUUCAUCUGGUAUGUACUUCUCGGACUCCUCCCAGUUCUCCAAAAUCGAGCACCAACAGAGAAAGUCGUGAAGCACUGGCACCCAACAGCAAUUCUAGCUCAGAUCAUUCAGGAUCAACAACUCCAUCAUCCAGUCAGGAAACCCUGUCUUUAGCUGCUGGUUCAUCCUCAGAAGGAUUGAGGCAGCGUAUCCUUCCACAAGCACAAACUGACCCAGCACAGAGUCAUCAGUUUCCAUAUGUGAUGCAAGGAAAUGUGGACAACCAGUUUCCUGGGCAAGCUGCUGUACCUGGAUUCCCAGUGUAUCCUGCUUUCAGUCCACUGCAGAUGCUGUGGUGGCAGCAGGUGUACGCCCAUCAGUACUAUAUGCAAUAUCAAGCUGCAGUUUCAGCUCAGGCCACAUCAAGUGCCAACCCAGCCCCGCCUACUGCAUCACAGCCUUUAAAUUUGGCACAUGUUCCUGGAGAAGAACCCCCACCAGCUCCAAACCUAGCGGCCCAAGAGAAUCGACCAGUCAAUGAGAAUGUUCAGAUGAAUGCACAGGGAGGCCCAGUGCUAAAUGAAGAUGACUUCAAUCGUGACUGGCUAGACUGGAUGUACACAUUCUCACGAGCUGCAAUUCUCCUUAGCAUUGUAUAUUUCUAUUCUUCUUUUAGUCGGUUUAUCAUGGUAAUGGGAGCCAUGCUGCUGGUUUAUUUACACCAAGCUGGAUGGUUUCCUUUUAGGCAAGAAGGAGGUCAGCAACAGGCUCCCAACAAUGUCGAAGUUAACAAUGAUGGGCAAAAUGCAAAUAAUCUAGAACUUGAAGAAAUGGAGCGCCUUAUGGAUGAUGGGCUUGAAGACGAGAGUGGAGAAGAUGCAGGUGAAGAUGCCAGUGCAAUUCAAAGGCCUGGAUUAAUGGCUUCCGCUUGGUCUUUUAUCACCACCUUCUUUACUUCACUAAUACCAGAGGGGCCUCCCCAGGUUGCCAAUUAGACCUGAAAAAACUGUGCCAGCUGUAAAAGAGGGUCUGACUUUAGGAAAGUGAUUUAAAUAACAGUGCAAUUUCAAAAAAAUUUAUAACUUUCUUUUGAUCAUCAUGUACAGAGGUGUUCUUUUCUUUGAGCUUCUCAUGCAUAUGAAUAUUUUAAGCACAAAUGGACUACUAAGUGUAUGAUUUUUUUUUUUUAAAGAUCCUAACAGAACAUAGCAUAACAAUCUUGGUCUUCCAGGUUUUAUUCAUUUCAAUUAUGUGUAGUAUAUCAAGACAGAACUAUUUGUGCGUCUUCUUUAAAGAGCUGCUUCACCUAUAAAUAUCUAUAGCUAGUAGACCAGCCCUCCAAUGUGUAAUUUGAAUAAAUAUAUCUAUUUUCUGUGAAUUAUCUUGAAAGUUUUAAACAGAAUGACCUCAUAGUUUUUAAUAAAGAAUAUUAUUUACCUAAAAUGUGCUAGUAGCAUUUUGCCCAGCCAUAAAGCAAUAAACUUCUCACUGAUCUUAAUUUUGACAUUUGAAUAAAUGAUGGAAACUUUCUAUUUUAAGGGCAUGUACCCAUUAGUUGGAAUUAGUACCUAAAAGAAAAAAAAGGCAGCUCUUCAGUGGAAUUAACAGUGAUACAAAAUGUUUGAUACAGGCCGUACUUUUAUAAAAUAUGCUGGAAAUUGCUCCCUGUAAUUUUUUAAAUAAAAAAAGUCAAUUCUGAAUUAUGAUCAACAGUCUUAUGAGAUAAUUUGUUCAAAUUCUUCAAUAAUGUAGAAACGUCCAUGCAGAAAUCUAUAUACAUUUCGGUACUUGUUUAGAAGUCUUCUACCUCAGGUGGAUAGCUCUUCGUCCUUAGGUAGUCUGAAGCUGACAGAGUGUGCCGUGGAUGAGAUCUGAAGGCAUGGCUAGGGUGGGGGAAGGAGUGGGAAGAGAUAUCAUAUGAUUAAUGCUCCUUCAUAGGUGAGGCAGCAUUGUGGGGACGCCGCUCAAGGAAAUGAGCAGGUUCCUGCAUCCUAGCUGCAGGCUUGGCCCUGAGGAAGAUGCUAGUCUUAGGUUCCCCAGUGACAGGGUAUGGCUGAGGGUUCUAAGAACACUAGGAGGUAUUGUUACUUUUAAUUAUUUUCCCUGUGUUGUUAAUUUCCUCACGUUAACCUUGCUUUCAGUAAGUCUUUGUCAAAAACUAUAGUCCAGUGUCAGCUGUGUUUUGGAUCAUUUGGCAGGAGCUGUGUUCAGACUGGGACCAGAUGGUGCGAAGGUGGCUGUGGUUGCUUGAAGAUGAUUUCCAGAUGGCAAAAUAGAGCAGCACAGAAGUCCAGACACUGGUCUUAAGGCCAAAUGGUGACUGGCGACAACCAGGAUAUCUGUUUCUGGAAUAUAAAUGCUUCUUAGUACUUCUAACUUUCCUUACACCUCACAGUAGGAUGAUGCUUUCUGCAGUGCAAGAUUAUGUUAGAUGGAUAAUCUCACAUAUGUUGGAGGGCUGGAGAGUUGGAGACAUUUGCUCCACAGUUUGGUGGCAUCGUAUAAUACUGCAACCCCUUAGUACUCUAACUAGUUUCUCUCACUCUUUCUACCAUCACUCCUGAAAUUAGGAUUUUUAGAUUGGUGGAAGAAAAGACCUUGUUUGGAGCCUCAUUUGUACAGUGCCAGUGGAAGUUUGGGCCUCACAGUUAAAAGACUAAAGUGUGCUGACUUACCCGUCAACUUUUACUCUGUUUCAAGUCAGACUUUAAGGCCUGUUGCAUCUGGAAUGGUGGUGCCAGCUCUGAACUGGGUCAGAUUCUGGCAGGUGGUGUUCUCAACUACUAAGUUGUUUGGGAGGCAGAUGUGGCCAGCUGGUUCAUCUCUGCAGGUGGCAAUACCAGCAUCGCAGGCUUGAACUGCAGCCUGGAAAGUGGUGGCAACCUGCUGCACAGUGGGUACAAAGCAUAUUUAUUGUAUCUUAUAUCUCAUACAUUAAUGAUACUAUAGAUGUUUCAAUAUUCAGAUGUUUGAAAACAUUUAAAUGGAAGAUUUUAAACAAAAGAAAUCCAUACUACUGCUUCUCUGCUAUGGCACGAAUAGAAGUCUUUUCUUUAAAAAUACUAUGGAGUCUUUAACAAAAAGGGUUUUCUUAUAAAAAGAGUAGGGAGUAAUUACUCAGGGUCGUUUCAGAGCCUUGGGCUUUGCUGGCUAGGAUACUCAGGACUUGGAAGCUUUGCCCAAGCACAGUGAGGCCUCAGAGAAGCCCUGAAGACCUGUCUCCCCUUCUAGAGCAAACCCCAGUGGUUGCAGCUAUCCCCACUUUACUCUUGAGAGGUACACCCUGGAGGCCCCAGUCUUGGGGAUCAGUGUUGUGAGUCAUCCUGUCAAAGUUUAUUUCCUGAUCCUGCUUCCAAAAUCUGGCUCUUUCCCCGAACUGGUCUGCUUUCCGAAAUGGGCACACUGCUCAUAAGGUGUGUGCACCAGCUUAAGCCAUCUCACAUGACUGUCCCAGACCACAGAGGGAGCAAGUGGGAAAACUGUGACCCAUGUAUGUCUUUGUCAGUCACCACCCCUUACAGAGAGGUUGCUGUCAGCCAUCCUGUCCAAUUACAUGGCUGUAAAAAUGAUUUAACUGGAAUGCUUUAAGACUAUUAUUGAUGCUCAAGCAUUUUUGUCAUAUUUUUGCCCUAUGCUAAGUGUAUACCUGCAUUUAAAAAAGUCCUUAACACAAGGUAGGUGCCACUGUCUCUCUUCCAGAGGACACCAAGGCUUAAUGAAUAGCUUGCUUAUAGUCUCACAGCUAGUAUGUGGCAGAACUGAGAUUAGAACCUGUCUUUUUUUUUUUAGUGGUACUGGGGCUUGAACUCAGCUUCACACUUGCAAUGCAGGUAAUCUGUAGAACCCAUGUCUAUUCUCCUUUUGACCUUGAACUCUUUAACAUUAAUUACACAAAUAAGACAUGGGGAGUUGGCUUUGAUCAAAGGGUGAUAAGGUUGUUUUGCACCACCGCUGCUGCUAAAUUAGAAAAGCUGGAAUAACACUUCAGUAGAAUGCAUCUGGGGCUUUUGAGAAAGCAAGGACCAUUAUUCCAGAGAUAUGAGCCCUGCAGGUGGUAGUUUCCCCCUCAAGGCACUUGCUAAUUCAAGGGCAGUAGGUGAGAAGCAGAGCAGAAAUUUUGGAAGACUCAUAGAGA